GUACCAUCCUGGUACUGACGUAUGUGACAGCUGUUAAAGUGACAUUGACAGGAGAUGUCAAAUCGGGGGUUUUUAGUUGAAGCCCGUUUGAUGUGAGAAGGAGCGGAUUCGGUGAAGCGAAAGUAACACGAUCGUAAUAAGAAUGUCUCUGAACAUCCAGCAGAUAAUAACAGAUGCCAAGGAGCUGGCUGGGCGUCUGAAGGAGCGCAACUGUUUCGCGGAUAUGCUGCUAAACGAUACGCACGGAAUCAGAAAAAAGAUUGAUGCCAUGAAACAGUACAAGGAUGAGGUUGAUGAGCUUAAUGUGCUGGCUCAUCAGAAGCCGCACACCUCUCUUGUGGCUUAUAUACAUAUGGAGAAUCGCAACCUGAUGGAGAUCAAGGUGGAGAAUAUUGAGCUGCGGAACGCGCUCGAGGAACAUCAGAUUGCAUUGGAGCACAUCAUGACCAAAUACAGAUUGCACACCAAUCAGCAGAUUUACAGGUCGACCAUUGAUUUCUCAUUGCUGAACGAUCAGAAGUACAAUGAGAUCAUCAGGGAUCAGGCGGAGAAGAUCAAAGAGAUGGCCGCGAUCAUGGAGAAGGCAGCCUCCAUGGACGACGACAAAACUUACCAAGACGGUGAACUAAUAUCAAUGCUGAAAGCUGAAAACAAGGGAUUACGCGAGAUGCUGGACAUCUCCUGCAAAUUCGGAUCGUUAGGUAAACUGUCCGCUCCGACAACGGAGGACAAGAACAUACAGACCGAGCAGCCGAAUCCGAUCUGAAUCGGUUUCCUUCUAUUUAUUAAUAAACACACAAACACAUGCCCCACGUUAACCAAUUUUUCAAGAAGAAAAGAGCACUAUAUAUAUAUUAUAUAUAUCAUUCGUUAACUUAUAUGUAUACCUAAUACUGUUUUCAUUUAUUUUUUAACGUAUUUAUGAAACGUUCGUUUCUCUCUCUUUUUUUAAAUUCAACUUAGUGAUUGUUUGUUUCUUUUAGAGGAUGCUCAGGAUUCAUAUUUCGAUUUCAUCAUUACAUUUUAUUUUUUUUUUGUGAAGCAGUAGAUUUCAUUUGUCUUCUCGCUCUGUUUGUUUUUGUUGACUUCGCGGUUCGCGCGAGGUUUAUCUCCAUUUAUCCGUUGAAUUU